ACGAUUUCAGGACUGAGAGUUGCCCGGUUCAUUAUCUGCAUCCAGCUUGGCAUCAUGAAGAUGUUUACCCUUUGUCUUCUUGCUGCUUUUUAUGGGCAGAGCGCCAGCAGACAAGAUGGCUUCAUCACUAUCGACCUUGACGGCGAUGGUAAGCUCCAGCAGAACGAAUUACAGGCUGGUUUCAACAAAGGAGACAUCAACGGCAGUCUUUUGGAGUACAUGGCUAAUCCUCUCUGUCCAAUGACCCCAAUCUAUGCCCAGGGAUGCUCUACCCACUACGAAAAGCUGGACGGCAAUGAGGACGGCGUCAUCGAUCAAUCAGUUUCUCUUUUCAUUAUUAAGAGCAUGGACUCUGACGGUGACGGGGAAAGUUCACGAGAAGAGUUCGAAAGAAAUGGACUAAAAAUUUGGAAUGGUUUUGUCAAAGACACGAAGGCCUUAAUCAACAAAUAAAGGACGACCUACAUGCAAGAGUCUACAUAUAAAUGUAAAAUCUUUCUCGAAGAUAUUAGCAACCGACUAUAGUAAAGAAUAACAUUCUUAAUCAAUGACGACUGCAUUCUGGUGUUAAUAGCUUUGGAUUAAUAUCACCAAGUGCAGGCCUUAAAGGGUUUCAUGAUGUAAACUCUAUGCAAAAGGCUGAAAUAAAUUUGAAUCUGAACAACC